GAGGCGGGCUCUCCAGAGAACCUGGGCAUUCCAAGCGCGGAAAGAGAGAGAGAGAGAGGGAGAAGUUCGCUGCCGCCGCCGAGGGAGGAGGCGAGGGUCUGGGAAGGGCAGAUUCUCUUGGAUCGGGGGGAGGGGGAGCCCGAAAGAGGAAGAGCCGAGCAGCUUUUGUGCGAGUUCGAAUCCCGGGUGGGGCAGUCAAGGGGGUGAGUUUGGAGGCCCUAUUAGGAGGGGUUGGGACCCCUAAGAAGGGUCAGGGACCCCCCAAAAGGACAGCCUUGUCUCUUCUAGACCACCACCCCCAACCCCUCAAACUGUAUUGACUUGAGAGUGGGCACUAGCUGGGCCUGGAGUUUGGAGGCCUAGUUUGAACCCUUUCUGGAAGUUGUUGUGCCUUGAAGCAGGGCCAGGCCUGGAGAGUUGCACCUCCCAUCAUCCCCAUGGAAGAGGCCCAGGCCAGUGAGCGGAGCCCGCUCCUCGGAGAGCCGCCCCGCACCCCAUCCGUGUUCCACGGGCGGCGCUUGGCGUGUGCGGCCGUGCUCCUGGCCGAGCUUCUGGAGCGUGUGGCCUUCUACGGCAUCACGUGCAACCUGGUGCUCUUCCUCAACGGCACCCCGUACAACUGGGAAGGGGCCCAGGCCAGCCAGGCCCUGCUGCUCUUCAUGGGCAUCACCUACCUGGUCUCGCCCUUUGGGGGCUGGCUGGCGGACGCCCUCCUGGGCAAGUUCCCCACCAUCUUGGUCAGCAUGGCCUUGUACCUGCUGGGGAUGCUGGCCUUCCCGGCCAUGGCCUUCCCCACCACCCGGCAGUGGCUCUGCGGCGAAAUGCACCCGUGGCCCGUGGAGAACUGCUCUGCGCCCCUGGACGCCAACGUGACGUCACCGCCGUGCCAUCUGGAAGGAGCCACCCGCUAUUGCCUCGCCGCCACCUUCGUUGGCCUGGUGCUCGUGGGCAUCAGCGUCGGGUCCGUCAAGGCCAACAUCACGCCCUUCGGAGCCGAUCAGGUCAAGGAUCGAGGCCCUGAAGCCACUCGGAGGUUUUUCAACUGGUUUUACUGGAGCAUUAACUUGGGGGCCAUCCUGUCCUUAGGAGGCAUUGCAUACAUCCAGCAGAAUGUGGAUUUUCGCACCGGCUACAUCAUCCCAGCGGUUUGCAUCGGGGUGUCCUUCUUUGUGUUUCUGUGCAGUCAAAGCGUCUUCAUCACCAAGCCCCCCGAUGGCAGUGCCUUCACGGACAUGUUUAAAAUCCUCGCCUAUUGUUGCUGUUCACGGAAAAGGUCCGAUGAAUACCCUAGGAACAGGGAUAACCAGGGUAUCCUUCAUUACCAGCCUCCCAAACAAAGCCUCUUUGAGAUGGCCAAAGCUUCCCGCGGAGGACCGUUCAGGGAAGACAAAGUGGAAGACGUCAAAGCACUUGUGAAAAUCAUUCCCGUCUUCUUGGCUCUCAUACCGUACUGGACGGUCUAUUUUCAGAUGCAGACGACGUAUGUCCUCCAGAGCCUACAUUUGAGGAUCCCGCAGUUUUCCAAUGCCACCGUUAACAGCACUUUGACCAGCCAUACGUUCCCAGCUGCUUGGCUGACCAUGUUUGAUGCCGUGCUGAUCCUCAUCCUCAUCCCUUUGAAAGAUAAAGUGGUUGACCCCGUCUUGAAAAGGAACGGCCUCCUUCCCUCGUCUCUGAAGAGAAUUGCUGUCGGGAUGUUCUUUGUGAUGUGUUCCGCCUUCGCUGCAGGAAUAUUGGAAAGCGAUCGGCUAAAAGUUGUGAAAGAAAAGACGAUCGAUCAGAAGAUCGGGACAACGGUGUAUCACGCAGCGGAUAUGUCCGUCUGGUGGCAGGUCCCUCAAUACAUUCUGAUCGGCUUCAGUGAAAUAUUUGCAAGCAUUGCGGGUCUGGAAUUUGCCUAUUCAGCUGCUCCGAAAACCAUGCAGAGCGCCAUCAUGGGUCUCUUUUUCUUUUUUUCCGGAAUUGGAUCUUUUGUUGGCUCAGGGCUUCUGGCCCUGGUCUCGAUUAAAUCGAUUGGCUGGAUGAGUAACCACUCAGAUUUGGGCAACAUUAAUGGCUGCCAUCUCAAUUAUUACUUCUUCCUGCUGGCGGCAAUCCAAGGAGCGACGCUUCUGCUUUUCCUGAUUGUAUCUGUCAAGUAUGACCGUCAAAGAUCCCGGACUAAUGGGGUUCGGACCUGACAAGAUGUGUAACGGAAGAGGAGUUGGCAGUUUGCAAGGGUCUGAAAUGUUACCACGGUGGGACAGUCUCUCUAAACUUGCAUGUUAAUGUUGACUUCUUGCCUCAUACCACCCUCUCCCUGCAUUUCCUUGGAAAAGUGGGUAAGUGCCUUAUGUUUUGCAAGAUAAUUGUCUUGGUUUUGCCUCAUGCCCCGAGGUGCGGCACAAAACCUAUUUCUCCAGUGCAUUACCUAUUGGCGUCGACGGCCAGCCCAUCACACAUACUAUUCCAAGCCGUUUUCUCCCAUUUGUUAGUGCCAGAAACGGAUCGCCUUUGGAAAUGUUGCUCACAGACGACGGCUGCUUUGGAAGCAUUUCUGUUCCCUUUUGAAAGACUUUGAAGAAAGCGGAUGAAAACACAGAUUGCCUUUCCUUUUUUCUCCCCUACAAUUAAAACUUCUCAUUUUUUUUAAUAGACUCUUUUGAGAAAUAUCUCCCGCUCAAACCAACUGGUUGGAGAAUUUAUUCUGUUGGCUGUAUAAGAACGAGUUGUGGGAGGAGUAUUUUUUUUUUCUUGCUUUGAACAAAAAAGGGACGGAACUUUAGACAUCUGCGUUUUUCGGAAGAUGAAGCAACAGCCCUGAUGAUUGCAGACUGGCGGUCUUUCAGCUGCUCUUUUUUCCUUUCUUUUGUACACAAAAUAAGUUUGGGAUGCAAAACUGAGCUGGUAUCAGAGCUUGUGUGUGAGAGUGUGUGUUACAUUGAAAUCUCUUUUUUUAUAUAUAGGUAGGAAUUUAGAAACUUCAAAUCAUUGGGAAAAUUCUUGUGUGCAGUUAUUAAGUAAGCAAGGGUGGAGGAACUCGGAAUAUUCCGAGUGAUUUUUGGGUGAAAUAGGUGGCAUUAAGUUGUGGGAAUGAGCCCACCAUGAAUGAACAUUGUGCGCUGAUAUAAUUUCCAAGAAUUAAGUACCAUUCAAAUUUGAGUUUUGCAGUCAGAAACAACUCUAUGGAUUGAACUAUCCCGAUGUUUGUUGUUGUUCGAAAAGUACAAUUCUGGCUGAGUCCUCCAGGUCUUUCCCAACUUUAAUAAUAACCAAUUCGUACUUAUUUCUGCCGAGAAAGAAAGUUUAUUUCCCGCAGGGCCUAAUUUUUAAUUGUGUUUCCUCUGUUGAUGUUGAGGGCGAAGGCCAACAGAGCAAUAUGUAAAGCAAUAUUUUGCACAGAAAUAAUGGAGUCCACGGGAGACAAAACAACUCCGUUUAACGACAAAUUGAGUUUUUUAAAGUUUUCUUUUGUGUUUAAUUUUUAAGCAUUGCGGGUGUGUGUCUUUGCUUUACUUAAAUUCAUUUAAACAAGACUGUUUACAAAACCCUUGCGCUAUGAGCCUGUGUUCCGAGUUUAAAUAAAAAUAGGCUACUUAUAUUCUA